GCGGCUUACCGCUCUCUUAAAGAGCAGCUGCAGCUAAAACCCUAAGCCCUAAAAUCAUCAUCAUCAGAGAGAGAGAGAAAGAGAUUAGGAUCGAUCGACGAUGGAUCACAUAGCUGCGGCGGAGGAGGAGCAAAUCGUAUCGGAGAGGCUAAGAAGAAAGCUUGAAGAAGUAAAUGUAGCAGCUCAGUCUCAGCUUUCUCCUAUCCAAGAUCACAUCAAUUUCACCCUCCAGCAAGCUUAUUUUAAGUGUGCAUAUGAGUGCUUUGACAGAAGAAGAAAUCAAGAGGAGAUAAGUAACUGCGUUGAGCACUGCAGUGUCCCUGUUGUUAAAUCUCAGCAGCAUUUCGAGAAUGAAAUGGCUCAGUUUCAGGAAAGACUGAACAGAUCAUUGGUGGUGUGUCAAGACAAAUUUGAGGCUGCGAAGCUCCAGAAGAUAAGACCUGAAGCGGUUAACGAGAUGGAGGGUUGCGUUCACAAAGCCAUUGAAGAGAACCUCAACACAUUACCACACAUUGUGCAGAGAAUGAAGACAGCGUUUAACAUAGCCAACUAAAAGCUCCAACAUUUUCAAACCCGGAGAAAAAAAUUUCAGAACAGUGGACUCCAAGACCUGUGUUGGCCAUUAGAUGAAUAUUGCAGACUUAAGACCUUUUGUGUUGUCUUAUUUAUAAAUUUUAUUUAUACGAGUCCUUAUAUAAAGAGCUUGAUUAGGUUCACAUUUGGCACUGGAUUGAUAUAUGUUUUGAUUUGGUUUGUUCUUUCCGGCCUUGAAUCGCAUCAGAACUACAGAGUUAAGUCAAAUUAGAAAGUAUAUCCAACGUCAGUCACAUUUAUC